AUGAGUCGGUCGGCGCGGCGUCUGCCCCCAGUGGCAGACGCCGCACUGGCAAGGGCAAAGGGGGCAAGGGAGCGGGUGGAGCCAGAGGGGGCGGUGGAGGAGGCGGUGGGGGUGGAGGGGGGAGUGGGGGUGGCGGGGGGGGUGGUGGCGGGAGUGGAGGUAGUAGUGGCGGCGGUGGAGGCGGAGGUGGCGGCGGAGGUGGUAGCGGAGGAGGCGGUGGGAGCGGUGGGAGCGACGGUCCUGGUGGGGGAGGUGGCGGUGGCGACGGGGGUGGCGGUGGAGGCGGGGGUGGCGGUGGAGGAGGGGGUCGGAGUGGCUCGUCCCAGCGGAGCAGCUCUGGGGGUGUGA